GGGAACUCUUGUCCGCUACCGCUCCGCCUGCGAAUGUUCCGCUACGGAAAAUUCGCGUCGCAAAACUUUCGCGUCGGUUUGGGGGAUCCUUAAUCUCUCCCUUUGCAAAAGCAAGGUUGGGUUAGAGUUGGAAGUGUUGAGUCCGUUGUCAUGUCGUGUCUUUGUUCUUUUUGGAUUUGUAAAUGAUUAUUUACUUGCUAGAAAAAAAGCUCUUACGGCUGAAACUACUAGUGACCUUAAUACAGAUACAGAGGCGGGUAAUAAAAGACGUAGAAAGAAGAAAAUUAUAUCCUCUUCUUCUGAAUCUGAUGAAAAUGAUGAACCUACGGAACAUGCAUCAAAUAGGAAGCAAUUUAAAGUUACUAAAAUGCCUACCCCACCAAUUUGGACCAACGACAUGGCUGAAAUGGUAGACGAGUUAACUGUUUCGAACACACCAAGUCAAAAAGGCAAUAGUUCUACCCCCUGCUUUACCCCUGGUCAAGUUCAUCAUAAUCGUAACAUGGGUCCAGGUUCGAAAAGCAAUUACACCACACCAAAAAGGGCCUUGAAGGAAAUACAUGAGAAUUUGAAUAAUGUUGUGGCUACAUCACAAAGCAUGAGCUGCUGUUGCAAUCCACAACUACUCUAUAAUAUACAAUCAUUACUGAUUGAAAUUAACUCUAAAGUCGGAAAUUGUUGUCAGCGAAAUAUGCAAACUAAUGAAGAGUCUACAAAUAAUAUAUUGCAAAAAUCUGCAAUAAAGUUUCCAAUGGAAACAAAUGAGGAUCUGGAACUUUUUGAGAAUUUUUUUUCCAGUCCUGAAAAUUAUUCGGCAUUGAAGCUGGGCAAAAGGCACAUGGGAUCAAUGGGAUCACCAGAAAGGAGAUUGAAAAAAAAAUUGGCGAUUGGCUACGAAGAGCCAAAGAAAGCAGAUUAAGAACGGAGAAAUUGAAUGUAUAAACAUCUUAUGUAACAUUUUUUACUAGGUAUCGGGAAAUAAAACAUUGUUAAACAAAUCAUAGCAUUGUGUAUCAGUUGCUAUACAGGGUGUAUCAACGAUGUGUGGGUGAGCGAUAGGUGCUUCCCUAUUUGAGAUAGGAAAAAAGCUUUAAAUAAAAGUUGUGGAGAUCCGUGAAAUCUAUGUUACAAAAAUAUUUACCCUUAUACAGGGUGUUGGAUAAAUGUGUGACUUAUCAAAGAUAUGUUUUUUUAAAUGGAACACCCUAUAUAUUUUUACUUUAAAAUCUUUUUAAUGAGUUGAUUUCAAUGGUACUUCACACUUACUAUCUAUUGUGGUUAGUUGAGGAUCUACAGCUACUGGAAAUUGUCAAUUUUUCAAAUUCAGGUGGCUGUAGUAGCUAAACCAGUAAAAAUUUUUAAAAACGGCUUUCAUGUCCCUUUCCUAACUUUUCAAGUUCUAUUGAGUGACAUGAAAAAUUAUUUAAUACAGGGUUAUCAAAAAUCGUGUAGGAUUUCGGAUUUUUGAUUUUUCGUGUCGCUUAAUAGAACUUGAAAAGUUAGGAUAGGGACAUGAAAGCCAUUUUUCGAAAUUUUGGACUGUUUAGCUACUACAGCCACCUGAAUUUGAAAAAUUGACCAUUUCCAGUGGCUGUAGGUCCUCAACUAAUCACAAUAGAUAGAAGUGUGAAGUACCAUUGAAAUCAGCUCAUUGAAAAGAUUUUAAAAAUAUAAAGAUAUAUAGAUAUAUAGGUUCUAUUUAAAAAAACAUAUCUUUGAUAAGUCACACCUUUAUCCAACACCCUGUAUGAGGGUAAAUAUUUUUGUAACAUAGAUUUCAGUGAUCUCUACAAACUUUUAUUUAAGACAUUUUUUCCUAUCUCAAAUAGGGAAGCACUUAUCGCCCACCCACACAUCGUUGAUACACCCUGUAUGUACUUGUUUACCAAUGCUUUAUACAGGGUCUUUAUUUCAAAACUAGACAGUUCAAAUAUAUUUUGAUUGUAGUAAAAUGUAAAAAAAUUAAAAAAACACGUCAAAUUUUAUAUCAAGGGGGACACUUUUUUUUUCGUAAUUGCAGCAUCGGUACCUACUUCAACCCUCGAGCAGUAGAGUGAACUCCUGAAAUUUAUAUAGGGAAAGUACCAAGUGUGCCAUAUUUUUGAAAAGGUAAUUAUAUGGGGAAUUCAGCAAUACCAAUAUUGUUGUGUCAAAUUCCGAUUUAAGCGCCCUCUUGAGGAAAAAAUAAUCGUUACGUAAUUCAAAUUGUGACACCUCAUUCGAAAGCUAUUUCUAUUGCUAAUUAAAUGCAAUAAAUAAUAUUAUCCUGAAAUCAUAUUUCAUAAGUGAAAUCACCUAAAAUAACAGACUUAGUAGGAUCACACUUUCCAAUCUCAUUUGAUUUCAAUUAUUAAAUAUGAAUUCAGGAUAAUUUUAUUUAUUGCAUUUAAUUAGCAAUAAAAAUAGCUUUCAAAUGAGGUGUCACAAUUUGA